AUGACAGCUGCUUGGAUGUCGAGUAUUGACAUACUAAUGGAUCGAUGUCAGACAGAUGCUACAGAGAUCCCGGAUUCAUCCCUCAUGGCCAAGUUUAUGGCCCGCCGUUAUUCCGAACAUACGAGAAGUAGACAGAGGCGAGGAGACGUGAUAGAGGCCGGAGGUGAAGGUCUUCUCGUCGAACCCCGCUUGGAAUUCCAGAGCGUCGUACCGCCCAACGAAGUCGACGUGAACACCUACGAGAGCAUUAGCCUUGAGUGCCACGCCGGCGGCAGCCCGCCGGCGAAGAUCCACUGGCUGAAGGACGGAGAGAGGAUCAUACAGGGCCCGUCCAGCGACGACGCACACGUCGAGAGCUACGCGCAGCCGCAGCUCGGCCUGGCGACGACGAACUCGCGGCUGGUUCUCGACUGUGUGACGUCACGGGACGCCGGCAUGUACUCGUGCGUCGCCGAGACGGCUUUCGGCCGAAUCAGAACCGACUCGCUCGUUCAAAUUACAGGCACGAAAGAUUCUAACAAAGUUAUAUCGAGCGGUUGUCCGGCACAAAAACGCAAGUACGGUAUGCCGCCCUAAAAUCUACAU